UUGGAAGGAAAGAAUUUGAUCUGCGUUUCGAUACUGGAUACCGCGUCAGAAUGUUUAAUCCUCGCUUUCUCGUUGUCAGUCUGGGCAAUCCCUUGCCCAGAUACGAAAGUCUACAUUCUGCCGGUCAUUUCGCUCUCAAUGGCCUUGCUCAAGUCUUGCGUCAACCCUCGUUUCGAGAGGUGACUUUCGGAAAUCAGACAUGCCUGGUAUCUCAAGGUCCAAAAUACACCCUGGUUCAAUCGCCUACUCUGAUGAACAUCUCUGGACGUUUUGUUGCAAAGGCGUGGAAAGAAAUGACCAAUCAACAUGACCCCUCAUCACUCAGUCUAGUGAUUGUUCACGAUGAACUCGAAAAGGACUUGGGCAUUGUGCGGCUCACGGCGUGGGACCGAAGUCACAAAGGUCACAAUGGUAUCAAAAGUGUCAAGGGAUCUCUUUCGCAAAAUAAAUACCCAACGUCGCCGUUUGUACGAAUUGCAGUUGGGAUUGGACGACCAGCGGAGAGGGACCCAGAGACCGUUAGCCGUUACGUUCUUGAUCGGAUAUCAAGCGACAAAAGGAGAAUUCUAGAAGAGGAAGCACCAUGGAAAGUUGCCGAGUGCCUUGUUGAGCUGGAAAAAGAAUGGAAGGCUGAGCUCAAGACAUGAUUCGACCACCUGGACAGGGUCCUAUCAACUGCGACGAUGCAACCCCGGAAUUCUGGUGCGCCAGUAACAGCGUUUUGUCUCAAGAAAAGCAAGACGCAAGUGCAGUCUGGAACAUUACAGCUCUGUUUUCAGGCCAAUCUCGAAACAAGGUCACGGGCAAUCAGAAUGGUCGUUAUUUGACCACGGUCAAGUAUGCCAUAUCACGCAUGAAAGACAUGUGUCUAAUCAUGCCAGAAUACUAUCAACAGAGAUACCCAACUGAGAUACCUGAGUCCCGUUUUUGUGACCACGCAUGCACCGAAAUCCGAUUCUGCACUCCAUUAUCAAACCGCAUAACUGCGCCGGACUCAAUUCUGAGUUACAAGUCUCCCGAAUUGCACAUUCACGCAUAUUUGCCGAGUGUCCUACCUGAAGGCUGAAGGUAUGCAGAGAUCCCUUAUCUUGCGCUAAAGACGCCACAGGCGACCUAGCUCACAACCGGCACUCCAACUUCUCUAAAUUCCUUAUCUAUGCCAAGGGUAUGGGCAAUUUUGCACAAUUCGACUUGUCCAAUGGCCUUUGGAUCGUAUCAUCACAUGAAGUUGGUUAUCACGUCGUGGUGUAUUCUGGGAGCUGAAAUGAGCUGAAACCGUUACGAAAUGCCUAGUUUGAUGGCGUCCUUGCUGUCUGAUAAGGCAUGCAAGAGUGUUGGUAAUCAUUACAAUCCGGUUGUUCCCAUGGCCUGCUCGUUCUCGGGAAAUGAUUCAGAAAUUGCCAUUCGGGUUGAAGAACAAUCGUCUGGGUGGGAGCUGAUGGAUAUCUCAAGGCGGUUGACGAUAGUUGCGAAGGUCGAUACCAAGAAACUUCAGGCAGAGUCGUUGAAGAUCUUCAACGUCGAAGUAAGCUUAGACUUCGAGAAACUGCCAAUUUGCAGUGGACGCAGGUCCAGCUUAUAUACAUGGUCCCCGAUCAUAUUUAUCGUCGUAAGCGGGCGACUCGCAUACUGACGCGCGCAACAGAGGCUCAAUCUAGGGCGUUGCGGGCGCAAAGCACCUUUGACAGUUGAGAAUCCGGGGAAACGAUGUCAAUCACAUCAAUUCUUGGUCACUUGAAGACCGUGUGCCCAUGUGGACUCGAUAUGCUUAUUUUCUUCAUGUCUAUCACCAGAUCUUUG